UUUACGUCGUCUCUCAUGAGGUGUGGUUUUAGAAUUUCCACUGUGCUCCUCAUUUUCCUAUUGACUCAGUUUGAGAACAUCCUUGCAUAAGUGCAAACCAUACGGGCAACACUUCAGGUCCUGGAGUUAUCUCGGGAGGGGUCUAGGAGACGUUUGCAGAUCAGAAAUCCCUGUGGUGUAGACUGUCAAGAGUGAAGACUUUGGUUAUCAUAAACGACAGGGAGUCACACAAAUGUACUGCUUCCUUUCUCCCCGUCACGGGGACUUUCAUCAGAACCAGGAACAUCAAAAGAAACCACAUCAACAGCAAAGAGAACAAGCUUCAAGGGCACAAAGAGAGGACAUCAGUGCCUCUGCCUAAAGGGACUCACUGGCAAUUCUGCUUCCCCCAUCCCUAGGAAGGGUUAGCCUGAGAUCGCCAUGGCAAUGCCCAGGGGGUCCCAGGAAGUGAGGACUGCAAGGCAGCCCUGUGUAGAGGGCAGAGAGGAAGUGUACGAGGUGGUCACAGCCACAGGGGAUGUUCGUGGUGCAGGAACAGACGCCAAUGUCUUCAUCACCAUUUUUGGAGAGAAUGGGCUCUCUCCCAAGCUCCAUCUCACCAGCAAGAGUGAAUCUGCCUUUGAGAAAGCCAACGUUGAUGUGUUCCGAGUAAGAACCAACAACGUGGGCCUCAUCUACAAAAUCAGGAUCGAGCACGACAACACAGGCUUGAACGCCAGCUGGUACCUGGACCGUGUGAUCGUGACCGACAUGAAGCGGCCUCACCUCCGUUACUACUUCAACUGCAACAACUGGCUGAGCAAAGUGGAGGGUGAUCGCCAGUGGUGUCGUGACCUGCUGGCCAGCUUCAACCCCAUGGACGUUCCGCGAGGUAACAAGUAUGAAGUCAAAGUGUACACUGGUGAUGUCAUUGGUGCAGGGACUGAUGCUGACGUCUUCAUCAAUAUCUUUGGAGAGUAUGGAGACACAGAGGAGUCAAGCCUAAGCAGCCUGCCGGCUGAUGUCAGGGUCCCAGCCACAGCCCGUGGACCAACGGCCACGGCUGUGCUCCUUGUUCAGAUUGUCAUUGAAGAUAUUGGGAACAAAAGAAAAUAUGAUUUUCCUCUUAACCGCUGGCUGGCCUUGGAUGAAGAUGAUGGCAAAAUCCAGAGGGAUAUCUUAGUGGGUGGAGCUGAGACCACAGCCAUCUCAUACGUUGUCACUGUCUUCACUGGGGAUGUCCGGGGGGCCGGGACCAAAUCCAAAAUCUACUUGGUCAUGUAUGGGGCCCGAGGGAAUAAGAACAGCGGGAAGAUCUUCCUGGAGGGCGGUGUGUUUGACCGUGGCCGCACAGAUAUCUUCAACAUUGAGUUGGCAGUCCUCCUCAGCCCCCUGAGCCGGGUCUCCAUUGGACACGGCAAUGUGGGCGUCAACAGAGGCUGGUACUGUGAGAAGGUGGUGAUUCUGUGCCCCUUCACUGGCAUCCAGCAGACCUUCCCUUGCAGCAACUGGCUGGAUGAGAAGAAGGCGGAUGGACUGAUCGAGAGGCAGCUCUAUGAGAUGGUGUCUCUCAGGAAGAAGAGAUUGAAAAAAUUCCCAUGGUCCCUGUGGGUCUGGACGACUGACUUGAAGAAAGCUGGUUCCAACUCUCCCAUCUUCAUCCAGAUUUAUGGGCAGAAGGGGCGGACAGAUGAGAUCCUUCUGAAUCCCAACAACAAGUGGUUCAAACCCGGCAUAAUUGAGAAAUUUAGGAUUGAGCUCCCAGACCUUGGCAGGUUUUAUAAGAUUCGAGCAUGGCAUGAUAAAAGGAAUCCUGGUUCUGGAUGGCAUUUAGAAAAGAUGACCCUGAUGAACACUCUGACCAAGGACAAGUAUAACUUCAACUGCAAUCGCUGGCUGGAUGCCAAUGAGGAUGACAAUGAGAUCGUUAGGGAAAUGACUGCUGAAGGCCCAACAGUACGGAGGAUAAUGGGCAUGGCCCGGUACCGCGUGACUGUGUGCACUGGGGAACUCGAAGGUGCGGGAACGGAUGCCAACGUCUACCUCUGCCUUUACGGUGACGUGGGGGACACAGGGGAGCGGCUGCUCUACAACUGCAGGAAUAACAUCGACCUGUUUGAGAAGGGCAAUGCCGAUGAGUUCACCAUCGAGUCUGUCACCAUGCGGAAGGUGAGGCGGGUGAGGAUCAGACACGACGGCAAAGGCAGUGGCAGCGGCUGGUUCCUGGAGCGGGUGCUGGUGAGAGAGGAGGGGCAGCCGGAGAGUGACAACGUUGAGUUCCCGUGUCUCAGGUGGCUGGACAAGGAUAAGGAUGAUGGGCAGUUGGUCCGAGAGUUGCUGCCCAGAGACAGCAACGCGACAUUGAAGAACUUCCGCUAUCACAUCAGCUUGAAGACGGGGGACGUCCCUGGGGCCAGCACAGAUUCCAGAGUCUACAUCAAGCUCUACGGGGACAAAUCUGACACCAUUAAGCAAGUUCUUCUCGUCUCUGACAACAACCUGAAAGACUAUUUUGAACGUAGCCGAGUGGAUGAGUUCACCCUGGAGACCGUCAACAUUGGAAACAUCAACCGGCUGGUGAUCGGGCACGACAGCACGGGCAUGCAUGCCAGUUGGUUCCUGGGCAGUGUCCAGAUUCGCGUGCCCCGCCAAGGCAAGAUGUACACCUUCCCUGCCAACCGCUGGCUGGACAAGGACCAGGCUGACGGGCGCCUGGAGGUGGAGCUCUACCCCAGCGAGGUGGUGGACAUCCAGAAAUUGAUCCACUACGAGGUUGAGGUUUGGACCGGGGAUGUAGGCGGAGCAAGCACCACUGCCCGAGUAUUCAUGCAGAUUUAUGGCGAGGAAGGCAAGACAGAAGUGCUGUUCCUCUCCAGCCGCUCGAAGGUGUUUGAACGGGCAUCCAAGGACACAUUCCAGCUGGAGGCGGCGGACGUGGGCCAGGUCUUCAAGAUCCGACUCGGCCACACGGGCGAGGGCUUCAGCCCCAGCUGGUACGUGGACACCGUGUGGCUGCGGCACCUGGCGGUGCGGGAGGAGGACCUCACACCCGAGGAGGAGGCGCGCAGGAAGAAGGAGAAGGACAGGCUGCGGCAGCUGCUCCGGAAGGAACGUCUGAAGGCCAAGCUGCAGAGGAAGAAGAAAAAGAAGAAGAAGGAGGAGGAGGGCAGCGACGAGGAGGCCGAGGAGGAGGAGUCCUCGUCGGAGGAGGAGUCCUCGUCCGAGGAAGAGGAGGAGGAGACCGAGGAGGAAGAAGAGGAGGAGGAGCUGGAGCCCGGGAUGCAGGAGGUGAUCCAGGAGUACAAGUUCGAUGCCCACCGCUGGCUGGCCCGGGGCAAGGAGGACAACGAGCUGGUGGUGGAGCUGGUGCCCACGGGCCAGGAGGGUCCUGAGCCCAACACCUACGAGGUACAGGUGAUCACAGGAAAUGUGCCCAAGGCUGGCACUGAUGCCAAUGUCUUCCUGACCAUCUACGGGGAGGAAUACGGGGACACCGGCGAGCGGCCCCUGAAGAAGUCAGACAAGUCCAACAAGUUUGAGCAGGGACAGACAGAUACCUUCACCAUCUAUGCCAUUGACCUGGGGCCCCUGACCAAGAUUCGGAUUCGCCAUGACAACUCAGGCAACAGACCGGGCUGGUUCCUGGACAGGAUCGACAUCACUGAUGUGAACAAUGAGAUCACGUACUACUUUCCCUGCCAGCGCUGGCUGGCCGUGGAGGAGGACGAUGGCCAGCUGUCCAGGGAGCUGCUGCCAGCGGACGAGUCCUAUGUGCUGCCACCAAGCGCGGAGGAGGGCGGGGGAGGUGGUGACAGCACCCCCCUCGACAGCCUGGCCCUGGAGCAGAAAGAUAAAUCUACCACAUUUUCAGUGACCAUAAAGACUGGGGACAAGAAGAACGCUGGCACUGAUGCCAAUGUCUUCAUCACACUCUUUGGCACUCAAGAUGACACUGGAAUGACCCUCCUGAAGUCCUCCAAGACCAACAGCGACAAGUUUGAGAGGGAUAGUAUCGAAAUCUUCACAGUGGAGACCCUGGACCUGGGAGAUCUGUGGAAAGUCAGGAUCGGUCAUGACAACACAGGCAAGGCUCCAGGCUGGUUUGUAGACUGGGUAGAGGUGGACGCCCCAUCCCUUGGAAAGUGCAUGACGUUCCCCUGUGGCCGCUGGUUGGCCAAGAAUGAAGAUGACGGCACCAUCGUCAGGGACCUUUUCCACGCGGAGCUUCAGACAAGGCGGUACACACCAUUUGUCCCUUACGAAAUCACCCUCUACACCAGUGAUGUCUUUGCUGCUGGGACAGACGCCAACAUCUUCAUCGUCAUCUAUGGCUGCGAUGCCGUGUGCACCCAGCAGAAGUACCUGUGCACCAACAAGAGGGAACAGAAGCUGUUCUUUGAGAGGAAGUCCGCCUCCCGCUUCAUAAUGGAGUUAGAAGACGUGGGAGAAAUCAUUGAAAAAAUCCGGAUUGGCCACGAUAAUACAGGCAUGAAUCCUGGCUGGCACUGCUCCCACGUGGACAUCCGCAGGCUCCUCCCAGAUAAAGAUGGUACAGAGACCUUGACUUUCCCUUGUGAUCGAUGGCUUGCGACUUCGGAGGAUGACAAGAAGACCAUUCGAGAACUGGUCCCUUAUGACAUCUUCACGGAGAAAUACAUGAGAGAUGGGUCUUUAAGGCAAGUCUACAAGGAAGUGGAGGAGCCUCUGGACAUUGUGCUGUACUCGGUGCAGAUCUUCACAGGAAACGUUCCCGGGGCUGGGACGGACGCCAAGGUCUACAUCACCAUCUAUGGGGACCUCGGGGACACGGGGGAGCGGUACCUGGGCAAGUCAGAGAACCGCACCAACAAGUUUGAGAGAGGAACGGCCGACACCUUCAUUAUCGAGGCUGCGGACCUGGGCGUCAUCUACAAGAUCAAGCUCCGCCACGACAAUACCAAGUGGUGCGCAGACUGGUACGUGGAGAAGGUAGAGAUCUGGAACGACACCAAUGAGGAUGAGUUCCUGUUCCUGUGUGGACGCUGGCUGUCCCUGAAGAAGGAGGAUGGGCGACUGGAGAGGCUCUUUUAUGAGAAGGAGUACACCGGGGACCGGAGCAGCAACUGCAGCAGCCCCGCUGACUUCUGGGAGAUCACCCUGAGCUCCAAGAUGGCCGACAUCGACAUCGCCACCGUGACGGGGCCCAUGGCUGACUAUGUUCAGGAGGGCCCAGUUAUUCCCUACUAUGUGUCAGUCACCACGGGGAAGCACAGGGACGCAGCCACCGAUAGCCGGGCCUACGUCAUCCUCAUUGGGCAGGAGGACGAGCGCAGUAACCGCAUCUGGCUGGACUAUCCCCGGGGGAAGAAGGGCUUCAGCUGCGGCUCCGUGGAGGAGUUCUAUGUUGCCGGCUUGGAUGUGGGCAUCAUCAAGAAAAUAGAGGUGCUGGGCUCUAGGGCCUCAGGGCGGUGGCCCUCAGGGAAGGAAGGAGCUGACCUGUACUCGGGUGGGAGGCUGAGUGGGCCUGACCUGGGCCCCGCUCAGAACAGGUCUUACUGGGCUGAAGUCAAAGUUGCCGCCAGGGCUGUGGUCUCGUCUGAGACUUGGAACCGAGGCGAUGGCGUCACCUCCCGUGUCUUCGACCUCCUGGAUGCCAUGGUGGUGAACAUCGGGGUGAAGUGCUGUGCAAAGAAGUCCUCCCAAGAAAUGGCACAUGGCCAGAGUGGAGGUGGGAAUGGGCGUGUGUCGCCCAUUGGCCUUUCAAGAACACCUCUGGGUGCAAGAGACAGGCUACUGGGGAAUCACUGGGAGCUGAGAGGCCUCUUCUCUCCUUACCCUGAAUCUGUCUUUACCAUGGCCUCCCCCCUUCACCGUGGCCAGCCUCCCUCCUUCGUGUCCCUCCUCUCCAUCCCCAGAUUUGAGCGGGAGCAGAAUGACACCUUCAUCAUGGAGAUCCUGGACAUUGCCCCAUUCACCAAGAUGAGGAUCCGAAUUGACGGCCUGGGCAGCCGGCCCGAGUGGUUCCUGGAGAGGAUUCUCCUGAAGAACAUGAACACGGGAGACCUGACCAUGUUCUACUAUGGAGACUGGCUGUCCCAGCGGAAGGGCAAGAAGACGCUGGUGUGCGAGAUGUGUGCCGUCAUCGAUGGGGAGGAGAUGAUGGAGUGGACGUCCUACACCGUCUCAGUGAAGACCAGUGACGUCCUGGGAGCUGGCACCGAUGCCAAUGUGUUCAUCAUUAUCUUCGGGGAGAACGGGGACAGCGGCACCCUGGCCCUGAAGCAGUCGGCCAACUGGAACAAGUUCGAGCGGAACAGUACCGACACGUUCAACUUCUCUGACAUGCUGAGCCUGGGCCACCUCUGCAAGCUGAGAGUUUGGCAUGACAACAAAGGGAUACUUCCCGGCUGGCACCUGAGCCAUGUCGACGUGAAGGACAACUCCCGCGACGAGACCUUCCGCUUCCAGUGUGACUGCUGGCUCUCCAAGAGUGAGGGCGACAGGCAGACGGUCCGCGACUUCGCCUGCGCCAACAAUGAGAUCCAUGACGAGCUGGAGGAGACCACCUACGAGAUCGUCAUAGAAACCGGCAACGGAGGCGAAACCAGGGAGAACGUCUGGCUCAUCCUGGAGGGCAGGAAGAAUCGAUCCAAAGAGUUUCUUGUGGAGAAUUCUUCCAGACAGCGGGCCUUCAGGAAGGGGACCACAGACACAUUUGAGUUCGACAGCGUCUACUUAGGGGACAUUGCCUCUCUCUGCGUGGGCCACCUCGCCAGGGAGGACCGGUUCAUCCCCAAAAGAGAGCUGGUCUGGCAUGUCAAAACCAUCACCAUCACCGAGAUGGAGUAUGGCAACGUGUAUUUCUUCAACUGCGACAGCCUCAUCCCCCUCAAGAGGAAGAGGAAGUACUUCAAGGUCUUUGAGGUCACCAAGACUACGGAGAGCUUUGCCAGCAAGGUCCAGAGCCUGGUACCGGUCAAGUACGAGGUCAUCGUGACGACCGGCUACGAGCCCGGGGCGGGCACUGACGCCAAUGUCUUCGUGACCAUCUUUGGGUCCAACGGCGACACGGGCAAGCGGGAGCUGAAGCAGAAAAUGCGCAACCUGUUUGAGCGGGGCAGCACCGACCGCUUCUUCCUGGAGACGCUGGAGCUGGGCGAGCUGCGCAAGGUGCGCCUGGAGCAUGACGGCAGCGGCUGCUGCGCGGGCUGGCUGGUGGACAGGGUGGAGGUCACCAACACCAGCACCGGGGUGGCCACCAUCUUCACCUGCGGCAGGUGGCUGGACAAGAAGCGGGGCGACGGGCUAACCUGGAGGGACCUCUUCCCUUCCGUCUGAGCGCUGCAGGCCCGCCCUCUCCCUUCGCACCAGCUCGCCCCGACCACACCUGCCACGCUCCCCCAGGGCUUUCAGGAGUCCUUUCCUGAAAGCCUCCUGGAGCUGGCACUGGGGGGCCAGAGCUCCCUGGCCCUUCGGAGGUCACUGUGGGUGAUGGCUGGUGCGGUCCCACCCUCUCCCGGGUCUCCUGAAUCUAUAGGAAUCCAUCAUGUGUGUCAUAA